CCAAGAGGAAGUGCCCGGGCAACCGCGUGGCUAGUCCUGUCAGAUGUAAACAAAGCACUGAGUGCUUUGGAUUAAACUCGAAAUAAAAACAUGACAAGACAAAAGUGUGGUGAGAUCAUCGUGCCAUAUCGGUCCAUGGACUCCAAACGUGGCUGCAAGUCGUUGUCACCCUGGGCGCGUCUAUUAUUUAGCAGAAAAUGAACUAUGUUAGCCCGCGGAUGCUGCAGCCAGGCGCACAUAAUGUCACAUAUCCCCCAUUAUAAAGCUUUGUACACACACACACACACACUGUCUGCACUGAUAUAUGCGUUUGGAUCCUGCACAAGUUUCCUGCUCUGUUCUCGAUAUAGAUUUUAAAAGAUUUAGAUCGAUUUUUUUAACAUGACCUUUGACCGGUCACGUGGUCCCCAUGUUUCGAAAGACAAAAAAGCAAACAAACAAAAAAAACAGAAUAUUUCCUCUCCAUGGUUUCUUCACACACACACACACACACACACAAACGGGAACAUGAAGUUUUUGGAGCUUUUUGGGCGAAUGAAAUCUGUGGUGAUUGGAAUGGUUCAUGUUAAAGCCUUACCAGGCACCCCUCUGGGUUGUAUGAAAAUGUCCCAGAUCACAGAAGAAGCAUGCAAGGAGGCAGCAAUCUACCGCGAUGCAGGGAUUGAUGGUUUAAUCAUUGAGAACAUGCAUGAUAUCCCUUACUCCUUCUCUGUGGGCCCUGAGGUGUGUGCCUGUAUGACUGCAGUGUGCACCGCUGUGAGAAGUGUCUGCCCGUCCAUGCCGCUCGGAGUGCAAAUACUGUCUUCUGCUAACCAGCAGGCCCUGGCCAUAGCUCUGGCUUCAGGUCUGGAUUUCAUCAGGGCUGAGGGUUUUGUCUUUUCUCACGUGGCGGACGAGGGCCUCCUGAACGCCUGCGCCGGAGACUUACUGAGAUAUCGUAAGCAGAUUGGAGCUGAGCAUGUGCAGAUCUUCACCGACAUCAAAAAGAAGCACAGCUCCCACGCCCUGACAUCAGACGUGAGCAUUGAAGAGACGGCGCAUGCUGCCGAGUUCUUCCUCUCUGAUGGACUCAUCAUCACAGGAACGGCUACAGGAGUGCAGGCUGACCCGCGGGAGCUCAGAGACGUUUCCCAGUCCGUGAGCAUCCCAGUGCUCAUAGGUUCUGGAGUGACCCAUGACAACAUGGAACGAUACCUCGAUGCAAAUGGGAUGAUCAUAGGUUCUCAUUUCAAGGAGGGUGGCCACUGGGCCAACGGAGUCGACCCGGAGCGAGUGAAGAGGUUUAUGGGAAAGAGACGUGACCUUCUAAAAUGACAGGCUUUCUGUCAUCACCCUCACCGCCUUACGUGUUUGUAAUGCCACAAUAAAAACAGCCACCAGCUUAAGAAAACAAGAUUUAUUUGCAUUUUUUUGUACAUUUUAUAAAUAAGCACAAAUAGAAAAACAUAAUAUUCAACUGUAUUUACACUCGUGAGUCUAAAAUGAACAAUUUGUGUCACAUGAAAAAGUGAGUACCUGCUGGAAAGUACGAAAUGGCACACUCCAUACAAAAUGAACAGUGGUUUGUAAUUAUUCCUCAAUUAGGAACAAAUGGAACCUUUAUCUUUCACAAAUCCUCAUGUUUUCACACAUGAAAUCUGUACAGGUCAAUGUGAUAUAAAAUCAACUUUUAACACACUCAUCACAAGAACUUCUAAAGCUAAGGCACGUGAUAUAAAACAUACAUGAAUAGAAACAAAGAGGAAACCAAUCCAAGCGUAUCAUAAUCCACC